UGAUUUGUUCCAGUCUGUAGUCAAUUUCACGCCCCGCCCUUUCCCCUUCCCCGCAGCCUAAUCUUAUCCUACACAUGCUAAUUUGGAAGUAAAUCAUUCCGAAAGUCAAGGUUUAUACCCCAGUACGAGUGCGAAGGAUUGCUAUCCAAGACCCCUCCCGCGAAAUUUAAACGGUUUGGUUUGGUUUGGUUUCUUUGGCGACUCUGCGCCCCCCUCCCUGUCUUCAGCAAAGAGCGUUCACCUCUCUCCUGUAAGAGGAUGGAGUGUGUGGUGUCUGUUUCACUUGCACGCUACCCCCUCGAACCGUUCGGCUGUCUCUCAAGCACGGCAGCCAAGCUAUCCUACUACCCCAGGACUGUGCACAGAGGCUUGCCAGACCAUGUGGACAGAAUUCUGGCCAUGCUUUGGCCAGCAGAUGGCACCCUGGCUCCGAUUUUUAUUCCACACCCGGAUGUAUCUUCUUCCUGAAGCGGACGGAAAAAAGGGCGAUGGUUGGGCCGAGGCAAGAUAUAAACAGUGAUCUGGAAAAUCAGUGUGGGAAGUCUGCAUGUGAGUUUCAUCUUCCACUGAUACUGUGAAGAAUUCCUGUGCAAGAGGGCCUUGAGGCAGUGGCUUGGUCAAAACCAUGCUACCUGUCUAUCUGGGACAGAACACAAGGCAGCGCUGGCAGAAGGUAUUGUACAAGAGGCAGCCAUUUCCUGAUAACUAUGUGGACCAGAGUUUCCUAGAGAAGCUACGCAAGAAUGUCCAUGCACACAAGUACCAGUAUUGGGCAGUGGUGUUUGAAUCUGGAGUGGUGAUACAGCAGCUGUGCAGCGUCUGUGUUUUUACUGUCAUCUGGUGGUACAUGGAUGUGGGACUCCUGGCUCCCCAGUGGUUACUUGGAGCUGGCCUGGUGUCGUCCUUAAUUGGUUAUGUCUUCUUUGAUGCCGUAGACUCAGGAACAGGAAGAAACCAGAGUGGCCAGACACGAUGGGCAGAUCUGAAAAAUACAGUGGUAUUUGUGGCCUUCACCUAUGGUUUCUCUCCAGUGUUGAAAACAUUAACAGAGUCCAUCAGCACAGACACUAUUUAUGCCAUGUCUUCCUUCAUGCUCCUAGGACACCUGAUCUUCUAUGACUAUGGGGCCAAUGCUGCCAUUGUGUCCAGUACAUUGUCUCUCAACAUGGCCAUCUUUGCCUCCGUCUGCUUGGCCUCACGGUUGCCCCGGUCCUUACACGCCUUUGUCAUGGUGACAUUUGCUAUCCAGAUAUUUGCCCUAUGGCCCAUGCUGCAAAAGAAGCUCAAAGCCCAAACUCCUCGCUGCUAUGUGGUAGUCACUCUCCUUUUUGCUGUGUUUGCCUUGGUGGGCCUGCUGACCAUCUCCAGCGUUGGCACUGUUCUUUUUGCCCUUCUUCUGCUCUCCAUCUCAUGUCUGUGCCCAUACUGCCUCAUCAGGCUACAGCUCUUCAAAGACAACAUCCAUGGGCCUUGGGAUGAAGCUGAAAUCAAGGAAGACCUGUCCAAGUUUCUCAUGUAGACCAGGCAGGCUCCACAGAAAGGCAGCUAUUGCUGGUGCUGACAUAAAAUCAUAUCCAUGAGAGAAUGGGAUCCUAUGAUGAUGAAGGAACAGGCAAAGGCUACGUAUCGUAGGACCCGGGCUUCUACUGAAAUAGCUGCCCUCCUAUGAAUAAGACUCCAAGGCAGUAAUUUGCAAAGAGUGACUGGGUUCUAGAAAGUGUUUAAUGAGGGGUCAAAUGUAUAAUGGAAUGUGGUGUAGUUAAAAAUGGCCACUUAAAUACCCUUUUAAAAAUUGAUCAGUUACAUCAUUUUGAGCCAUUAUAAUUUGCCUCAAAUUUAGAGAGGAACUUUAGGGCUCAGUGUGGAGUUGGAAUACAAGCAGGAUCAUCUCUCCACUUCAUAACAAACUUGUUUCUCACCUUUAGACUGGUUCACCUUCUGUAAAAUUUGCAUGAUAGUGAACGAGCCCAGAGAAUAGCAAACACAAUAAAAAUGAUAAAGCAUUUAGCAUCCCAAGUGUCAUUUCUUCAUUUUCUGUAUAAUGUUAAUAGCAAUUAGAAAGAAUCAAGCUAAACUUUGCAGCAGCAAUUAUCAACUCAAAACAGAGCUUCGUGCAAGAGCUAAGCUACUCAUCAAAUUAGUUAAGAUAACAUGAAUUUAUUCAAAAUGAGAAAAUUGUACAUUUUCAAGAAAUAACCUAAAGAGGGCUCAGCUUUCCUUUUUUCAAUAUUUCCAAAUAAUAAACUGCUUGGAGUCUUAGCAAAGAAUCUUUGCUAUUUUUAGGCCUCUUACAAAAUUUGAGGAAAUUGUCUUCCACUCAUUCCCUGAAAGGUCUUUUGUCUAGAAUUUGCUAAAUAUUUAAUGGGAGGCCAAACACAUAAUAACAAUACCACAAGAAAGUAGAGAAAAGGAUUUCAAAUUGGCAUCAAUAAUUAUCAGUGGAAUUUUAUUUGUAGGUGAUGUGCUGGAAGGGGCAGGUCUUGGCAAUGCGCUCCUGCUUCUCCUUGCAUGACUUCCAACAAUUGAGGAAAGGCUUAGAGCAAGAACGGUGAAACUUUGGGCCCUCUAGAUCCUGUUGGACUCCGAGUCCCAUCACACCCAUCCAGCAUGACUAGUGAUCAGGGAUUACAGCAGUGGCAUCCAGCAACAUCCGGAAGGCCACAAGAUCCUCACUUCUGGCUUAGGACAAUAUAGCAAAGGGUGUUCAUACAUAAAUUGAUAAACUCUACACAAUGUGGGAAGGUUUACAAAUGGGGAAAUCCUCUAGAGCAGCUUUUCCCAACCAGUGUGCCUCCAGAUGUUGUUGGACCACAACUCCCAUCUUUCCUGACCAUUGGCAAUGCUGGCUGAGGCUGAUGGGAGUUGUAGUCCAACAACAUCUGGAGGCACACUGGUUGGGAAAGGCUGCUCUGGAGUGUUGGAAGCCCUCGACUCGUUUCUAGAACCAUACAAAAAUGUAAUACAAUUAAUUUUUAAUGCAGUAUAUUUAUGUUAUAAUAAUACUUUUAUAUAGUGUAUUCAAGAAUUCAAAGUGCUUCAAAUGCACUGUUAAACUGUAACCAUGCAAGGUUGGUAUUAUUAUCCUUCAUAUUGUAGACAAGGAGUAGAAAGAGUGGUUUCCCUGACACUUACUGAGUUCAUAGGAGCUGGAGGCAAAAUUUGAAACAGGGACUUCCUGAUUCAUAGUUCAGUCUCUUAGUCCCUUCACAAAUAUCAUUUUCCAUUUGUGUGUGUGUUCAUGUUUGUAUAGUGUUGCAAGGUGUUUCUUCCUCCUUUUUGGUCUUGUUUCUUUUCAUAAGUAUAGCCCAGCUAUGAUGGAUGUUAUCUGUCAUUGUUCCAAAAGUGUAGUCUGUUACAUGUGUAGAAUGCCUGUUAAAUCAUAAUCAGAGUUUGCCUGUCACUUCCUACCCAUUCCUUUUGAGUUGAUAACUCUUUGUAUUUUCCAGUAUGUAUGUAUUUGUUGAUUGAUUUUAUAAAUCACUUCCCAUAACUCAUCCUGAGGAGAUUUAACAAUAAAUACAGUGCACAUCAUUUACACAGUAUCAAUAAAUGUGGGAUCAUUAUGUAUGUCACAUUAUAAGAUCCCCAUUCAUUCUCUCUUUUUCAGAACCCAUACUAUCUUUGAUGUUGUAAAAUAAAAACUUGCCGUUUGUCCUAGC